AUGUUCAUCCUGACGAAGAUCGCCGACUUGGUGCAAAUUGCGCCGGAGGAUUUCUCCAAGCGCAGCAUAGACGCAAUCGAGGACAAUAUCAAUGCCAAAUACUCUAAUAAAGUUAUUCAAAAGAUUGGACUUUGUAUCUGCUUGUAUGAUUUGCAGUGGGCUUCAGAAGGUCUCAUUGGUCAUGGCACAGGUCUGGUGAACGUGAACACUGAGUUUCGUAUGGUCGUAUUCCGUCCCUUCAAAGGCGAAGUCAUGAUUGGCAGAAUACGAAGUUCUACACCAGCAGGUAUCAAUCUGAGAACAGAUUUCUUUGACGAUAUCUUUGUGCCAUUUGAGGAGUUACCAGAGGGUGCUGAGUACAACCACAGCGAACAACUCUGGAUCUGGAAUCUCGAUGAGGACCGACUCUUCUAUGAUAACCAUGAGAUGGUUCGCUUUCAAGUCAUCGAUGAGGAGUGGCAUGAUCAAGCUCCCGCUGGACCAACACAAGCCGAAGAUUCGCCCUUGAAAACCCCGUACCGCAUCAAGGCCAGUAUGGCUGCUGAAGGAUUAGGUGUAUGUCUCUGGUGGGAUGGAGCAUAG